AUGGAUCUUCAGCAGGUCAAGGAAACUAGUUUUCCAACCAAAGUUGAGGCUGCUACUCAAGUCUCUGCUGAUAAGGGUGAGAGUAAUAAGGUUGGUGAGUCUCCAGCUGCUAUGGCACAUGAAAGUGAGCAAGUGGCUGAACCUGAGCCUGAACCUGCAGUAGAAGCCCCUGUUGAGCAUGCUAGUGACCAGGUCAUUGAACCUGAAAUUGAGCCUGCAACUGAUGUCCCUAUUGAACAUGAAAAGACUGUAGAACCCAAAAUUGAGCCACCUGUUGAACCUCAAAGUGCACCACCUGUUGACAUUACUGCUGCCCCUAUACAGCAGAAGGAAGCUUCUCUCAAGGAUCACCAAGAGAGUGCUCCAACUCAGCUAUCUGCAGCUGCUGCCCCUGCAGCCACAAAAGGUAAGAAACGGUACAAGUCAACUAUGUCCAAUCCAUAUCAGACACUAGCUGCUGCCCUUCAACCACCAUCUGAUGAAGAUGAGUCACCGAAGGAUGAUCAAUUGGCUGACCAAGCACCUCAGCCCCCUGUUAUUAAACUCCCUAGGAAGAAGAUGGUGCCUUCCAAAUCCACUUGCAGAAGUAAAAGACUUAAAUAG